AUGAAGAGCCCAGUCGAUGGCAGGAAGCUUAGGCCACGCCUCGCCCACCAGCGAUGUGCUGUGGCCCAACACCUUCAACCAGAUGUACUCGCACAUGUGGGGAAUGAUCGGGUUGGCGAUACGGCAGAAGGUUUCGUGGUACAUCGUGAGGGCGGCAUGGUCGACGUCGCCCUGGGACAUUUGCAUGUAGUUGCGGCGAGCGUUGAUGUAGUCGUAGAAGCAGUACUUCAGCGCAUCGCGGUACACGAAGUUCGAGUAGGCCUCUUUAGCGCGCUCGGCAAGGACGCAGAGCUCGUUCAUGAAGACACGCUUCGCGUACUCGGAGAGGCUGCUGCCGCUGUUGGUACGGCCGGCAAGCUCCAUGUCGGACUGCGCCGAUUGCAGAAUGCUGUGUAA